AAUAAAAGUAAACACAGUGUUUGUUCUUCGCGUAUUUAUAAAUCAAGGGGGAUUGCCUUAGUAUCGAGAGUCGUUUCUAAUUGCCAGCUCCGGUUGGCUCUCGCUGCCAGUGUUAUCAAUCAAUUCGACGUGCCUGCGGCUCUUCUCGGUCUGCGUUAGUGAAAAUGUCGUGUUCGUAAAAGGUGCUGCUCGGUGCAGACGCAACCCUUCUCUGCUUUCAAGUAGAGCUCAAAGAGGGAUCCAAUAAGGUGGUGAUAUUUUAUUACGGAGAAAGCUGCUCGUUUCACCACGGAGACUAGCAAACUUCCUCUGUCAUCUGUGUUUUUUGCCACUGCAAUCAAGCAAACGCUACAAGGUAGCCUCCGACGAGGACACGCUGUGUUGUCUGGGAAGCUGAAAACCGCCGAAACCAGAAUGUCGCGAAACUUCGCGUCGAAGAGUGAUAGUUACUAUCAGAAGGAGAUCGGGCUAAGCAGUGUGCAAUCAAUUGAUGGAGACUCGUUGCCCGACUAUAGUGAGUUUGAUACGGAAUCGGUUACAUUGGACUAUUUUAAGGAAAGUACCAAGCGUGGACCUUCACCGGAUAAAAUGGCACCUACAACAACCAUCGAAACUGUUACGAUCACUCGGCCACUGAAGGUUAUCGCGUUCAUCUGUGGUGUCAUCGUCAUUAUAUUGAUGAUUCUUGCCCUCACGUCCACCGACUGGUUGAUGGCGGAUAGUUGGCGUCAAGGAUUGUUCGUUCACUGCAUUGAAGAGGACUAUGAGCAACCACUGCCUUUCAACAUUCAGGAUCCAGCAGGCUGCUAUCCUAGCCGUGAUGCAGCCUAUAUUAAAGCAACGGCAGCACUUUGCAUCGUGACACUGGUCACGGACGCGUUGGCCACAUUUCUCACGGGUCUGGGACUCCGAACGCAGGAUCACAACCUAAAGUACAAAUUCUAUCGCAUCGCUGUGCUCGUCAUGAUGGUUGCACUAAUAGCGCUGCUUGUUGCCUUGAUCCUGUACCCUGUGUGUUUCGCUGCGGAACUGAACCUUGCGAAUCGCCCGGUUUGGGAGUUUGGCUGGGCGUACGGCGUUGGCUGGGGUGCCGCUAUCUUUCUAUUCGGCGCCGUGGUGCUGUUGCUGUGUGACAAGGAAUCUGAAGAAAUUUACUACAAGGAAAGGAAAAUCGUACACGAUGCGUCCCUCAGGGACUAGGCCAGGCCGCAUGCUCUGCCCGAUGUUGUGCUUUAGACAAUAGGAGCGAUCAACCAACAACAACAGAUCAUCAAAAAAGAAAGAAAUAACGCACACCAUCGUCAUCCUACUGCUGAACGAGUUUAUAGUUUAGGUUUGUUUAAGAUUUUCAGUUCGAAAUAUUCAACACAAUAGUUUGGAUAAAUACUGGGAACACCGCAUGCCGGCCAUCAAAUUCGAAGUUGACCACUAGUAAUCAAUAUCGCCAGGAAGGCUUUUGAAGCAGAAUUGCAGAACUGUACAACCAUAUAACAUCAAUUUCCCGUCUCCCAGCCGCUCGGAUCCUGUCAUUUACGCUAUCGCCUCUCAGAACGGAGGAUGAAUCUCGGAGAAAAUACUGAAUUAAUGGCAUGGUAACAAAUUUAGUGUUAUAUGGCUCAAUCUAUCUUUCUAGAAACUUAAUGCGGUAAAUACUCACAUAAAAAUGAUGAUGCACUUCUUACUGGAUUGCUUGGAACAUGGUAAAAAUGAUCACGAACAUGCUUUACAGUUUUGGUUAUGUGGAACGAUCGGUAUAUAAAACGAUCCACGAUGUACAUAUACCAUGUCCUGCAGAGUAGAUUCUAAAGUAAUAUGGCUAUACAAUUCUCAAAAAAGUAAAAACUGAUCAGAAAUAAGUUUAAAAGUGAAAUAGUAGCAUAACCAGUAUCCAGAUUUCUCCUACAAAUUUGCAUGUUAAAGCACACGCAAAAACAAUGUAGGAGAUCUUAUGUUUUCAUUAACAACAUUUUUCAAGACUACCAACACCGGGACCGUUUUUUACGUGUAGUUGAAAGACAACAAAAAAUACUCUACCACUAGGAGCACUAGCGGCAGCAUCGGCAGGAUCAUGAUUACUAAAAGAAUAUUUUAGCACAUGAUGAAAGAUUCAGAGCAGCAGUACAUACAACAGUUGAUAUGAUAUCAAGCGAAUUGUUGUCAUGUAAAGUAUCGAGAAAUAUUUAACCAUUUUGAGCAUGUCAACUCAAAAUAUGAGGUGAUCUGAAUUACGUCACUUUUUCGCGCCUUUCCUUUUUUCUAUCAAAAACUCAUGGCUCCUACCAAAUGUUUUACAUAUAUACGAAUCGAUAUUAAUUAUGAAUUAUGAGGUACAUUUUUCACACUAUUAAAACGUAUACCCGCAUACGAAACAUCACGAAUUAACCACAAGUAGGUCCCAACUCACUUUUGCAGCCGACACGCGCUAGAAUACUCUUCACACAGCGUGCAUGAUUCAAAUGCGAUUGACCGCUAAACUUCUUAUUUCCUUCAGUUUGUUAAUCGACAGCGAAAGCGGUGGGCGGUGAAUCAUAAAUCUCUCAAUGAGUCCCCAUGUAACUUUUAUAAUGCCAUCGAAUAGCAAAUAUUUAUAAAAAUUGUCAAUUGUGUAAAUAACCGUAUAUUGCAUUAAUUGAUUCACUAUACAUGUAACAAGUAAACCUUCUAAUAAAUAAGUCAAACAUAUCUAAUAUACAUGAUUCUGUUCUGAAAGUACGUUUAUUGUAAUAGUAUUGUUUCAUCUAGAAGCAAAGAACAUCCGAAGUACAACAUAAACCUAAAACAACGAGC